AUGGCCGCCCAGUCGACACUCCGUCGCCCGGAGGACCCGCUCCUGGCGCUCUACCAACACUAUUCGGACUUAAUACGUUCUCGACUUCAUAAGACCUCAAAAGCCACCCGUCUCGUCGCAACAAUCUUGUUACUUCUAUCGAUCGUUGGCUCAGGAUACGGAGGAUACAGAUGGUUCCGAGAGCGCGCGAAAGAACGAGCGCAAGGUCGCCGAUUGCUGCGUCGCAACUCGGGCAUCCGAGGAAAAGAUGGAUCUCGAACCAUCUAUGUACCUUACAAGGGGUCUCGAACCUCGAAGGUGUUGAUUCAUCCGACCAAGCCCACCACAUUCGACGCCCACCGUCGAUUAUUCCUGAACCCUCCAGCCUCCGCUCGCAGUAUGGAAGAGGGCGCAGCGAGCCAAAUACCUCCGCCAACAACGAAGCCCGGCUUGAAUCUGGCAUUUCUACACCAGUUCCUAAGCUUAGGGAGUAUCAUGGUGCCACGAUGGGGAAGCAAGGAAACAGGUCUGCUCAUGGGCCAUGGCGUAUUUCUCCUGCUGAGAACAUAUUUAUCGUUACUUAUUGCACGCCUUGAUGGCGAAAUUGUGAGAGAUCUGGUCGCUGGUAAAGGAAAGGCUUUCACCUGGGGCAUCCUUAAAUGGCUCGGUAUUGGCACGCUGGCCUCCUAUACCAAUGCGAUGAUCAAAUUCCUCCAAUCAAAGGUCUCGAUCGCCUUCCGAACCCGACUAACAAGAUACAUUCAUGAUCUCUAUCUCACAGAUAAUAACAAUUAUUACAAGCUGAUGAACACCGAUGGUGGUAUUGGCCAGGGUCCCGACCAAUUCAUCACCCAGGACCUUACUUUGUUCUGCACUGCAGCUGCUUCGCUAUACUCUUCCAUGGGUAAACCUAUGGUGGAUCUAUUUGUAUUCAACUACCAGCUCUACCGCUCUCUUGGUCCUCUUGCUCUGACUGGAAUUCUCGCUGGCUAUUUCAGCACGGCCGUGGUGCUCCGGAAGUUGUCACCGCCAUUCGGAAAAUUGAAGGCAGUCGAAGGUAAGAAGGAAGGUGACUUCCGAGGCCUGCACUCUAGGCUCUUGGCAAAUGCCGAGGAGAUCUCGUUCUAUGGCGGUGCCGAUACUGAACGACUGUUCUUGGUCCGAAGCUUCAAGGACUUGCAGCGCUGGAUGGAAGGCAUUUACAGCCUGAAAAUCCGCUAUAACAUGCUUGAGGACAUGAUUUUGAAGUACUCGUGGUCCGCCUUUGGUUACUUGGUGACCUCUCUGCCCAUUUUCCUCCCCGCCUGGGGCGGCACAGGAGGUGUCUCGGAGUUGGCAGAUAUUCAAGAAGAAGGGGCGGGUCGUGAACGCGGCCGGAUGAAGGACUUUAUUACCAACAAGCGUCUUAUGCUUUCGCUUGCUGAUGCAGGUGGCCGUAUGAUGUACAGUAUCAAGGAUAUCUCGGAGCUUGCAGGCUACACUUCCCGUGUCUACACGCUCAUCUCCACCCUCCACCGCGUCCAUGCCAACGCUUACUACCCACCGCGGGGCACACACCCUGAGCUCUACUCUCUCGCUGAUUCCCAGGGCACCAUUCACAAUGGAUUUGACGGUGUGCGCCUGGAGCAGGUCCCUAUUGUGGCACCUUCGAUUUAUCCAAUGGGCGGCGACGAGCUCAUUGAGCAGCUGUCGUUCAUUGUCCACGCGGGUGACCACCUUCUUAUCUCCGGUCCCAAUGGCGUCGGCAAGUCUGCCAUUCCCCGCAUUGUGGCCGGACUGUGGCCCGUCUACCGCGGACUUGUCAGCCGUCCCCGAGGAUUCGGACUCGAUGGUAUCAUGUUCCUUCCGCAGCGACCUUACCUGAGCGUGGGUACCCUACGAGAUCAGGUUCUUUAUCCUCACACUGAAAUCGACAUGCACGAAGCCGGGGAAUCGGACGCUAGCUUACAGAAGAUCCUGGAUGCUGCGCAUCUAGGCUACCUGCCCUCUCGUGAAGGUGGAUGGGAUGCUCGCAAAGAAUGGAAGGACGUUCUGAGUGGGGGAGAGAAGCAGCGCAUGGCGAUGGCUCGACUCUUCUACCACGAGCCCCGAUACGCCUUCAUUGACGAAGGCACCUCAGCCGUCUCUUCCGAUGUGGAAGGUCUGCUUUAUGAGCGGGCAAAGGAGCGUGGCAUUACUUUGAUAACUAUCUCCACUCGUGCAUCUCUGAAGAAAUACCACACCUUCAAUCUCACUUUGGGUAUGGGAGCUGAGGGUGAACAGUGGGAGUUUGAGAGAAUCGGCACCGAGAAGGAGAAGCUUGGCGUCGAGAAAGAGAUACAAGAGCUCCGCAAGCGUCUCGACAAGGUCGAUGAAUGGAAGCAACGCCGCGAGGAAAUUGAGCAGGAGCUGUGUAAGGUUUGGACCACCGAUGGCGAAAUUGCGCCUCCGCCUUACCAGGAAUCGGAGCAUGCAUCAGUGGAACUGGUUUCUACGGCCUCGGUUGAAGGAACCACGACCUAA